CGUUAGAGAGGUUAUAAUGUAAAAAUGAAUAACGAAAAAUUAUAUAAAAAUGUUGAAUAACCCACACCAAAAUGAAUUCGAUGUUGGCUUAAUUACUAUACAAAUUUUAUCGGUUUUACUUUAUUAAUAUGUCCAAAAACAUGAGAAAUAAUUAUGAUAAAACAUACAAAAUCCUUCCAGAUAAUGAUUAUUAUGAACAUGAAGAUAGUUUACCCAGUACAUCAAAGCCAGUACAUGUACAAAGAGUGGAAAAGUCAUUGGAUCUAACUAUGUUUCUUCAAAAUUUAAAUAGUUCGUUAAAUAUAAGUAGUGAUAGCGAUGAAUCAGAGGAUACACCUAAUAUCAAUGAAAUCAACUCAGAAGCCCUUAUGAGAGAUUCUGAGCCUCAUUGUACAAAAGACUAUUAUAAUUUUAAAACAGUGUCGGGUAGUAGAAAAUGGUUGGCUGAUAUACUUCAAGAAAAUUCAGACACAACCCCAGACGAUGCACAGUACAAACUUAUCACUAGGUAUCAUGCUUUUCAAAAAAAAUUACGACUCAGCAAAGAGAAUCUGGAGAACUCAAUGUACUAUGGAGCUGGACUAAUAAGUGCUGUUGAUCACUAUCCAGAGAUAGAGAAAAGUUUGCCAUUCAAACAGAAUGAUAUUGAUGAAUCUCUGUACACUCCUCCUAAGGAUGAUUUGUUGAUGGACUUGAACCUAGAGAAUGGAAUUGAGUUUCAGAAUAUGGAUGAGGAUGAUUCUAAUAUUAAUUCUGACAUUGGAUCAGCAGCACCAUCAAUAUCAUCACAGAGUAAUCAUCAGGUGAAGAGGAGAGCCAAGAAGUUUAAGGAUGAGGAAUCAAAGAAAAAAUGGGAAGAUCUGAUGGCUAGCAAGAGAAGGAAACUUUUUACAAGCAUUAUAAAGAAGGAGAUUGGGAAGCAGCAUAGGGCUAAAAUUAAUAGACAUAAGGAGUUGUUGAUACAGACCAGAAGGGUGGCUCAGCAAUGUGUCAAGUAUGGAAGGCAAAAGGCUUUGCAAUCAGCUAGGACAGUGAAAGAACAACAAUGGCGAAUGAAGAGGUUGUCCAGGGAAAAUAUAGCAUACUGGAAGAGAUCUAGAAGGUUUGAUAGGGAAGUCAAAAAACGUCUGGAAAAAGAAGCAGAAGAGCAAAGAAAAAUUGAUCAUGAGUUGGUUGAGGCAAAAAGACAGCAAAGAAAACUGAAUUUCCUCAUCACACAAACUGAAUUGUAUGCGCAUUUUAUGUCCAAAAAACUUGGCACUGCAUCACCUGAAGAGCAAUUGAGAAUCCUAAGUCAACUGGAUGAAGAAGCUAUCAAACUACACAUAGAUGAUUAUGAUAGUGAGGCAAUGAAAGAAAAGGCAAAAAGAAACGCUCAGGAUGCAUUUAAUAGUGAAAAAGCCAGAACCAGACAUUUUGAUAUGCACGCGAACUCGUCGAUGGAAGAUGUUGAAGUUCCCGAAAUUGAACAACCCCAACCCAACAUUUUCAGAGGAAAAUUAAAGGGAUAUCAGUUGCGUGGUAUGAAUUGGCUGGCGAACCUUUAUUCGCAAGGCAUUAGCGGGAUUUUGGCCGAUGAAAUGGGCCUGGGAAAAACCGUGCAGAGCAUUGCUUUUCUAUGCCAUAUAGCUGAAAAAUAUUCUGUUUGGGGGCCUUUCCUCAUUAUAUCCCCCGCGUCGACACUCCACAAUUGGCAACAAGAGAUAGCGAAAUUUGUCCCGGACUUCAAGGUGGUUCCGUACUGGGGUAACCCGCAUGAACGUAAAAUUCUGCGCCAGUUCUGGGAUCAAAAGGACAUAUACACCAAAGACGCAAGCUUUCACAUCGUAGUAACAAGCUACCAAAUCGUUAUAACCGAUAUAAAGUACUUCAACCGCAUCAAAUGGCAGUACAUGAUUUUGGACGAAGCCCAGGCGAUAAAAAGUACAAGCAGUAUGAGAUGGAAGACGCUUUUAGGCUUCAGCUGCAGAAAUAGGCUUCUACUCAGCGGUACGCCUAUACAAAACAGCAUGGCGGAGUUAUGGGCUCUGCUCCAUUUCAUAAUGCCCACACUUUUUGAUUCUCAUGAGGAGUUCAACGAGUGGUUCUCGAAGGAUAUCGAAAGCCAUGCCGAAAACAAAACUGGCAUAGAUGAAAAGCAUUUAUCGCGUUUGCACAUGAUUUUGAAGCCUUUUAUGUUAAGAAGGAUUAAAAAGGACGUGGAAAAUGAACUGUCUGACAAAAUAGAAGUUAUGGUUUAUUGUCCUUUGACAACAAGGCAAAGUUUGUUGUAUGUCGCUUUAAAAAGGAAAAUUAAAAUUGAGGAUUUGCUCCAUUAUACGGUUGGAGGGGGUGAUUCUCACACAGUAGAUAAGAAUUUUACUUCUAAUUUAAUGAAUUUAGUUAUGCAAUUUAGAAAGGUUUGUAAUCAUCCCGAACUAUUUGAAAGAAGGGAUGCCAAAUCUCCGAUACGAUUUCUAACGCUUUAUUACAGUAUUCCUUAUUUAAUUUAUAAUUAUAAUCUUAGGGAACUUUUAAAGUUAAAACUGCAAAAGUGGUUUUUAUUCACGCCGAAAUAUAUUUCUGAUGCAAUAAGGGAUAGUUUUGCAACAACAAUUUUUAAUUUUUGUUUUUCAUUAAAUUUAUCUUUUAACGAAUUAUUUGGUAUAUUCCAAGGGAAUAUACAGCAAAGGUGGACAAACUAUUUUAAUUCUGAAAACUACGACGACACAAUGUACUACAGAAACCUAUUCGACGAUUACGAAAAACCAAGCAUACGUUUGAGCCACAGUUUCAAACUAUCAAAGCCCAACAUCGAAAAUAGCAUUUUAUCCGAUUUUAUCUUCACCAAGGCGAAUCAAGGAAACAGAGUUGUAUACACUUUAAGUGACCACACUUAUCAUGCAAUGCAGGAAACUGUUGAGCACAAAAACAUCAGAUUAAGGCAUGGCAUGAUAAAGCUUGAAGAAACAGACAAUGAGGAAAAUGGAACCAUCGCUGAAAACUUUGAUUCAGGGAUGUGCAACCUGCCGGACUUUGUGCACAAGAAAAGAGCCUCCCAGGUUUUCAAAUGCGAAAAGACUGACCUCCCGGCAUUCCUAUUUUGUUUUAUGCCGAAAGUAUCGACAAACCCUAUCAGUUUGUACUGUUACUCUCGUAGAGCAGCUUGGGGCUUGAUAAGGCAUAUAGAGGACUACAGUUUUAACUCUUUGAAUCAUUAUUGGUCGAAAGCGACCGGUAAUCAGUUUGUUUACAGGCCGGCGGAGAAGUUUUAUCCCCAGCCUGCUAACUGUAUUGAUAUAAUAAGGCCUUUGAAUGGUUGGUCGAGUAUUGCCAUACCUGACAAGGAAACUUUGGUUACCGAUUCCGGUAAGCUUUCCGUUUUGGAUGGUUUGCUGAAAAGGCUCAAAGAAGAGGGCCACAGGGUUUUAAUUUACUCGCAAAUGACAAAAAUGAUUGAUCUUUUGGAGGAAUAUAUGUGGCACAGGCAUCACAAAUAUAUGCGUUUAGAUGGUUCCUCAAAAAUUUCCGAAAGAAGAGACAUGGUGGCCGAUUUUCAAGCUAGGACCGAUAUUUUUGUGUUUUUACUGUCGACAAGAGCUGGCGGCCUCGGUAUCAACUUAACUGCUGCUGAUACGGUUAUUUUUUACGAUAGCGACUGGAAUCCCACCGUUGACCAACAGGCCAUGGACCGGGCUCAUCGUCUGGGUCAAACCAAACAGGUCACAGUUUACAGAUUAAUUUGUAAGGGAUCCAUAGAGGAAAGAAUACUGCAAAGGGCCAGGGAAAAAAGCGAAAUUCAAAAACUCGUUAUAAGCGGUGGUAACUUCAAGCCCGACACACUUAAACCCAAAGAGGUUGUUUCGCUGCUUUUGGACGAUGACGAAUUAGUACAAAAAUAUCAUUUGAGAGUGGAAGGUGGCGGUAAGCAAUCAGAGGAAGCUACGAAACGAAAGAACCCCCAAACCAUCAGCAAGUCGUCUUCAAAUGAAUUGAAAAGAUUCAAGCAAGAUAACAGUUCUCAGGAAACAAUUGACGAUUCAAUAGGGUUGGACAGUGGUCCGAACAGCCCGACAAGCGUCAAUUCGCCAGAUUUGGCUGACGAUUUUGCCGAUGGUUACAACGAUGACGGCGACUCACCAAUUACGAACAAAUACACAGUUUAUAAUGUGUACGGUUCGGCUGUAAAACCGCGGACUGCGGGACGUGGCACCUCGAGACGCGGCAGACCAAGAGGUUCAAGAAGCAGAAUGUCCGGCCUGGGAAGAAACAACUCGAACAAUUCGGCCGCAUCGGCAUCGACAUACUCCACCGAUCUUAUAGGUGUGGAAAAUAGCUCGAUUUCCUCGACUCAGUCGUCGCCGUCGAGCAGUUUUGUGGACGGUAUGUCGUCUGCAGGGCAUGGUGGCAGUCCUUCGGUGAGGAGAGGUCCUGGCAGGCCCAGGUUGAAGCCUGGAGGUCCUCCGAAUGCCGGCUCAAGGGGUACAUAUAGACCUCGUAAACCUGCUAGGCCGUUGCCGGUGCCGUUGCCAUCAGAUGGGUCGAAUGUGAAUGUGACUUCUUCUGGUAACGCGCAUCCAUCUUAUUCGAGUUAUUUAUAUGAUUUUCCGGAUCAAUCGGAUUCGUAGUAAGAGUAGAGUAAUAAUGAUGUAAAUUGUUUUAAUUUUAACCAUGGACAAAUUUUCUUUUUAACUCAUUUUUAAUGUGUAUCACUUUAUUUAUCACGAUUUUUUUAUUAUUUUUUCGAUUAUUUCACGGUUUUAGUGUAUGAUAUGUAUAUUUGCGAUUUCAAUUUUAUUUUUUACAAGGAGCAUGCGAAAUUUUUAUAAACGACGAACAAAUUUCUUGUACAUUGUUAAAUAUUUUUCAUCAAUAAUUUUAGAUCGUAAAAUAAAUAUAUUUGUGAUAAUAAUUCUUUUCUUUCUUCGACCCCUUACAUUCACACGAUGAAGAGAUUAGUCACGCAGGUAUGUAAGAAAAAAAUAAUCCUAUCUACGACAGUGGUCGAAAAACGUCCACAGACCAGUCCAGAUUUUUUUAUUUUAGACCUAUAUAAUUACACAUUAUUAUUUCCGGCUUCGACUUUUUCCCACAGUGGACAACAUUUUCCUACUUAAAAUACGUGUUUUUU